AUGCAAGACUUUUUAUGCUUCCUUAAUAGUUAUCAGCAGCAAGUUGACAAAAUGAUUGCUGACUUACAAAGCAAAAAACAGAUCAUAACUGCUUUAGCUGGCAUAGCAGCUUCAUAUUUACCAAUGCAUGAAUGCUUAUAG